UAACAACAUGUUCAAAAUUUCGUAAUCGUUAUUCACUUUGUCAAUUGCGAGGUCGGUUCUGCUCAGCCGUAGAAAGAGGUUUUUUUUAGCUGGUAAUUAGAAGUCGAAGUUGUUCAGGUGGAUUCGAUUUGACUGCCCUGUACGUACACACAGCAGCGAUGGGAACUCAUAGACUGAGCCCUGGGUUCAGACGGUCUGAGCGGGUUGUUCGCAGAAGAGCGCUGUGACAGAAAGGCUGGGCGCAGCAGCAGCAUGGCAGCCCUCAUAGCCGCAAAACAAGCACUGCAAAUAGAUUUAAAGAAGAGCAUAUCUCAGUUGAGCGACCAAGAGAAACUCCGACAGUCUCAUAUCGUUACUCAGAUGUUAAUCAACCACCCCAAGUAUCAGAGCUGUCAAAGGAUCGCUGUCUUUUUAAGCAUGCAUGAUGAGGUUCAGACUGAGGCGAUCAUUGAGGACAUGUUCCAGAAAGGCAAAGUGUGUUUUAUCCCCAAAUACCAGAAUAAAAGCCGCCACAUGGACAUGGUGAAGCUGACUGCAGCCAGCGAGAUCCACUCCCUGCCCCUGACCUCCUGGAACAUCCCCCAGCCCUCUGAGGAGGACCACAGAGAGGAGGCUUUGGAUACAGGAGGUCUUGAUUUGAUCCUCAUGCCUGGCCUGGGAUUUGAUAAGAAUGGGAACCGCCUGGGCCAUGGAAAGGGGUACUAUGACACCUACCAGGGGCGCUGUAUGAACCACCCCAAAGGGGAGCCGUACACCAUUGCUCUGGCUUUCAAGGAACAGAUCUGCGAUGCGAUCCCAGUGGCCGACAAUGACAUCCAAGUUGAUGAAAUACUGUAUGAACUCAAAUAAACUGCCCACCAGGAACAACAAAGCAUGGUUCCAAGGAUUCUUCUCCACCACAGUGGUGCCCUAGCCCCAUUUAAUUGGCUCCCCACCUUUAAUUCAAAUGUGCCUUGUCCAAUUUAACAAGCCUGUUUGAAAUGAAAAAUACACGUUACCAUGGAGACCUUUAUGUUGAAGUGAAAACCUCAGA